AUGUUACGGCCUAUGCUCAGCUUCACAGUCGUCGUGGCUUUGAUCAGUCUCAUGGCGCAUGCUAGUCCCAUCGCGACACUGGAAAAGCGACUUAUGACGGUCUUCACCGUACAGCCCGAUACUUUGGGGGAGUGGGCUGUGGAGGAUUCAUAUGGUCGGCACACCACUGAACCAUACAAAAGCUUUAAAUCUGUCGACUACAAGGAGUUUUCUGCCUGCUUGCUCGAGUGUGCCCAGAACACUGCCUGUGAAAUGUUGCAGUGGACGGGCGGUCAUCCCACUGCCGGGUCUGCGACCCAGGAGUCGCAAUUACCCACAUGCAAACUUUACAAAGAGUUGAAUAUGCAGAGUGUUGGACCAAUGGACCCCGAGGCACCAGAUGGGGAAUGCUUGAUGGCCAGGUUGGGCGAUUUCCCUAACCCAAACCCAAAAUCGCCGAGCUACGCAAUCGAAUUGACUUGGACGCCAGCUACUCCUGUGGCGUCAUUGGAAAAACGAGAUAUGCAAGUCUUCACCGUUCAAAAUAAUACCCGGGGCACGUGGACAGACUCUCGCGGAAUCCUGGCGCCCUUGGCAAUUCACGAGUCCCCAAACGUCACUGGCAUUUCCAGCUGCAUGGCGUUGUGCGUCCAGAAUACCGGUCAGUGCCUAUCCAUCGAUCUGCUCCUUGUCCUUAUGAUCAGACCGUUUCCAACUCUUAUCAUAUCCCCCAUGAUCACGACCAGCUUGUAA